ACUGGUGGUUCAGGUCGUCUUUGCUUCUUCGUCCCUGUUUUGCAGUUCCAAGCCCUCGCAACAUUUUUCUCAGAAAAUCCCCGUUCCGUACGAGCAAUCAAUGGCUCCAAAUCGUUGGUUGAGGCCUGAGGUUUAUCCACUGUUCGCGGCCACAGGGGUUGCCGUAGGGAUUUGCGGGCUUAGCUUGUUCCGCCAUAUCACAAUCAACCCGGAAGUCAGAGUGAGCAAGGAGAACAGGGCUGCUGGAAUAUUGGAGAAUUUCGACGAGGGAGAAAAGUACAAGGAGCAUUUCCUGAGGAAAUUUGUCCGCAACAAGUCGCCAGAAAUUAUGCCUUCCGUCAAUGGUUUUUUCACAGAUCCAAGCCGGAAUUAAAUGCUUUGAGUACCAAUUAAAAGAAAAGGAAAAUGCCAGAGAUGGAGACUCUUUAAUUGCUUUCAGUCAUUGGAGUUUUGGAGGUUGUGCUAAAUUUGCCCCUGCUUUAUGAGGGUUACGAUUGAAAUAAACUGAGUGCAGAACAGUAUGAACGUAAAUUUGGUAUCAUAUGAUGAUGAUGAUUAACGAGUCAUUGUCAACCUAUUAAUUCAUCUCUGGUUUGAGUUUAAUUGAUAUUUUUCGCAUUGUAGACGUAGUUUUACUUGAGCAAGUAUUAAACAAAGAAUGUCAAUGAAGACCGUAUAUCUCUAGAGAUAGUUUUAAUUGAGCAAGAGACAAUUGCUUGGCA